AUGUGGUCAGGGUGUCUUGCAGGAGACUUCACAGAGGCAGUGGCACCCAUCAGGGGCCCUCCCAAGGGCGGCGGAGCCCCCAGGAGCCCUGCCACAGGUUGUGGCGCCCUGAGGACCUCUUCCAGGGACUGUGGCGCCCCCAAGGCCCUCCCAGGGACGACAGGACCCCCUAGGUUCGUCGCAGGUGGCAGUACGCCCCCAGGGGUUCUCCCAAAGGUGGCAAAUCCCCCAGGGGCCCUGCCAUGGGCUGUGGCACCCCCAAGGAAUCUUCCAGGAGCUAUCGCGGCCCCAAGGCCCUAUCGGGGGCGGCGGCACCUCCCAGGAGUGAUAAACUACUGCCACAAGGGGCCCUACAAGAACAGCGCUCCUUUGGGCCCUCCCAUAUGCCCAACCAGGUGCGGCGCUUAUGGAAGCCUUUGCAGGGGCGGCGGCAAACCCAGAGGUCCUCUCAGGGACCACAGGGUCCCUCCAAGAGACUGUGACAACCCCAGGGGACCUCCCAGGUUGUGCAACGACACCAAGGGCCCUCCCAGAGGCAGUGGCCACCGAAGGGACACUUCCAGGGUGCCCUACAAGGGCAGCGCUCCUUGGGGCCCUACCAUUUGCCCCACCAGGUGUGGCGCUUCCAGGGGCCCUUGUAGGGGCGGCGGCGGCCCCAGAGGCCCUCCCAGAGCCCACAUGGGCCUUCCAAUAGGUUGUGGCGCCUCCAGGGGACCUCCCAUGGCCUGCAACGACGCCGAGGACCCUCCCAGGGGUGAAGGCCAGCUAAGGGAUGCUUCCAGGAUCGGCGGAGCAUCCUGGAGCCCUCCCAGGGACAGUGGCACCUCCCAAAGGCCCUCUCAGGGGCCCUACAAGGGCAGCACUCCCUGGGGGCCUCCCAUUUGCACUACCAGGUGGGGUGCUUCCAGGGACCUUCGCAGGGACCCUAUUAGAAGAGCCAUCUCCCAGAAGCCCAUAGCUUGCUUGCGCAAAAACAACUGCCCCCAGGGGCCCUACAAGGGCAGCGCUCUUUGGGGCCCUCCCAUUUGCCCCACUAGGUAUGGCGUUUUCAGGGGCAUUCGUAGGGGCGGCGGCGACCCCAGAGGCGCUCCCAGGGACCACAGGGGCCUUAUAAGAGGCUGUGGUGACCCCAGGGGACUUAACAGGCGCAUUAACGUCACCAAUGGCCCUCCUAGGGGCGGUGGCCACCUAAGGGACACUUCCAGGGUCGCGGAACUCCCCAGAGACUUGCCAGAGGCAGUGGCACCCCUCAGGGGCCCUCCCAAGGGCGGCGGAGCCCCCGGGAGCCCUGCCACGGGUUGUGGCGCCCUGAGGACCUCUUCCAGGGAUUGUGGCGUCCCCAAGGCCCUCCCAGUAACGACAACGCCCCCCGGGUUCGUCCCAGGUGGCAGUACGCCCCCAGGGGUUCUCCCAAAGGUGGCAAAUCCCCCAGGGGCCCUGCCAUGGGCUGUGACACCCCCAAGGAAUCUUCUAGGAGCUGUCGCGCCCCCAAGGCUCUAUCGGGGGCGGUAG